AUGAACGUCUUCCACGAGCAGAUAGGGCAUAUCGCCCUCUACACUUCUCCACGAACCAAAGAGGGUGCCACCAUCGCCAUGCUGAUCGAACUCAUCGGACAACCGCGUUGCAUCCACCUCGUCCACAGCAUAAAAGAAAUCAAACACGACGAUGCAAGCGCGUAUACCAGCCUGCCCGUCCUCUUCGACGUAACCAGAGAAGGCAAAAAGACCAGUGCAUCCGGCUUGGCCAAUAUCAGCCGCUACCUUCUCACCAAAUAUGACGCCGAGCACCACUUUUCGUACAAACAGGGGUCCAAGGAAGCAGAGGAGGUGGAUAACUGGAUUGCGUUCCUGAGCAAGACCAUCCACGGCAAUAAUCCAGAGGAAACCUUUACACGGAAGGCCCUGCGGCUGUAUCUCUAUCUUGAGGAGCAUUUGCAGAAGGCGCGGAGUCCGUAUCUUGUCGGCAAGAAGUGUACACUGGCGGAUUUGGUGAUUUUCCCAUAUGUAGCCGGCGCGAGUCAAGCGAAUCUGGAUCUUGAGCGCUUCCCCGAGUUGACGACUUGGCAUGAUCGACUUGCUCGGAAUCCUCAUGUGGCCAAGGGCAUGAAGGAUGUAUAUUUGGAGGCGUAA